AUGGCUAAAGAUUUCUGCGACAUUGUUCAUGGAUUGAAGCCAGCCAUGGUGAUGGUGCUGGUUCAGGUCGUAUUUGCAGGAGUGAACGUUUUCUACAAAUUAGCUGCCAUUGAUGGCAUGAGUUUGAGGGUGUUGGUUGCUUACAGAUAUCUUUUCGCAACAGUUUUCUUAGCCCCUCUUGCUUUCUUUGUAGAAAGGAAGACCCGGCCAAAAUUAACACGGAUGGUCCUCCUCCAAGCAUUUCUUUGUGGAUUAUUCGGGGGAACAUUGGCUCAGAAUUUAUACGUGGCAAGUCUGGCUUUAACGUCGGCAACUUUUGCUUCGGCCAUGUCUAACCUCAUUCCGGCAAUUACGUUCAUCAUGGCUGUUGCUUUCGGGUUGGAGAGGUUGAACAUCAGGACGAUGGUGGGGAAAGCCAAGGUGGUGGGGACUCUGCUGGGUAUUAGUGGCGCAAUGAUUCUGACGUUCUACAAAGGCGUGGAGAUCAACCUCUGGUCGUCAAAGGUGGACCUGACGCAUCGGAUACAUCACGGACACGUGGCGGAAUCACACGCUGAGUCGGGUAAUCGCGUAUUGGGCUCAUUACUGGCUGUUGCCAGCUGCUUUUCUUAUGCAAUCUGGUUGAUUAUCCAGACGAAGAUGAGCGAGAGAUACCCGUGCCAGUACUCGAGCACGGCUCUAAUGUGCGUGAUGGGAUCGAUCCAGGCCGUUGUUUUUGCGCUCUGCAUGGAGAGGGACUGGUCCCAGUGGAAGCUCGGUUGGAACAUCAGGCUAUUCACCGUAGCCUAUUCGGGGAUAUUUGCUUCAGGGCUGGUGGUGUCGUUGAUUGCGUGGGGAGUGAUGGUCAGGGGCCCACUUUUUGUAUCGGUGUUUAAUCCAUUGAUGCUGGUGCUGGUGGCGUUGAUGGGCUCCAUCCUCCUCAACGAGAAGCUUCACCUGGGCAGUGUAAUAGGAGCAGCGCUGAUAGUUUGUGGGUUGUACGUGGUGUUGUGGGGCAAAGGCAAGGAGAUGAAGAGAAUGGCGCGGUUGAUGCCAUCGAAGAGCUCCAGAGAGUCCGAACCCAUCGAAGUCGUCGUUGCCAACUCCUUCGACGGAACCAACACUCCGAACAACAGUACUAUCGGCGGCACCAUCCCGGAAGCUGACACUUCUGCUGCUCCCGGUGGCGUUCCCAGAACGGAAAUUUCGUCCAGUGGCCCCGCUACCAACUCACCGGCGAGGGUUUCUGAUGCUUGAAGGAGAAGAAGAAGAAGAAGAAGAAGAAGAAAUAAGAUUAAAAAGAG